AUGAGAGCUUCAAUUGCUAUCAUUGGUUUCUUUUGUCUUAUAUCUGUCAACAGUGCACCUUUAUCCGAACCCCAAGUCAACAACGAUAUUCUCCCAGAAAGUGUGCCAGUUUUACAUGCACCUAUUCAAUUGAACAAUAAUGAGGCUCAUCCAAGCACAAACAGCUAUACACUCAGUCCUCAUAUCGACCUUAUUGGUCCUGCUAAAGCAAUAGAGGCUUCUGAAAGCAUCGCUCGAUUUUUGUCUUCUGAUGGUACUACUAAGUCUACCCUAAGUAAAAGUGCAAUUUUCAGCACCGCAUUUGCUGCCAUAGCUGUGGCAUUAUAUCUUGUUCUUUGGCCCACAAAAUAUUGGGGAUAUAAGGUUUGCUUGGAUGACGCUUCUGACAGUUCCAGCCGAUAG